UUCCGUUUUGCAAAUUCCCCUGUGUAAACAACUUGUAAAUAUCAAGUUGUCAAAAAAUACAUGCCACAAUGUUGUGUUAUCAAUCUACAGUGAAUAACUAUGAGCGCCGAGAGAAGAAGAGCGACUAAAUUUAUUCAUUUCCUUUUGCCGUUACAUUCAGACGCCUAAUUUUUAUAAAAGUAAGGAAAACUAAUUUGCCAUAGGAAAAAAAUGAGUCACUUAAGCACAUUUAUGGGAAUUGUGCAAGCUUUAUGCGAAGAGGAUGCUGAAAUUGAGGAAUUACUUAAGGAAACAGAGAAUUUGUUGAAUAUGCAAAAAACUUUGGAAAAUGAAACGGAAGAAGCUGAACGUGAACAUACACGCCUUCAAAUGGAACUUUUCAAUAUGAAACUUAUUAUGUUGCCCCUGAACAAUUCACCCGACCGGGAUGUUAUUGAAAAAACCAAUCAACAGCUAAUGGAAAGUUGUGUCAAUAUCCGUUAUGCCCUAUCACAAAUAGACUAUGUCAAGAUUUUACAAUGCAAACAUAUGGAAAUGGAACAAACCUGGCGCAAGGAAUGGCAAAAAAUACAGGACAGCACAGUGUCCAUGUUAAAGUGGCACAAGAAAAUGGAAGAACGUGAUGUUGUAAAGAAAUAUCGACAAGUUGAAACCGGUUGGAAGACCAGUAAAAAUAAUUUGGAAAAUUGUAAAGCAGCCUGUAAUAAAUCUGCCAAUGAGGCCCGCAGGCAGGUGAGAGAGGCCAAAGAUAAACGACAGUGUCUAAUUGUAUCGUUGGCAGAGACUUGGCGUGACCUUAAUAAGCUGAGAAAAGAGCUCCAAAGUGUACAGGAAUAUCGUACAAAACUAGAUGCUCUAAAAAAGAAAAAUUCCGAUUUGGAUCAACAAAUUCAAGACAUUGAAAACAAGAAUUUUAAAUUUCUAAUGCCAUACCAAAGCUCUAUUGAUUUUGUAACGCCAGAUGUUAUAAAAACUUUCAAUUGCGGUAUGCCCAAAUUUCCAACUUUCAAUGAAAUCCUAAGUAAUUUCAAUCAGGAAAUAAAUAAAACGGAUGUGAAACCAGAAAUAACAGUCAUCGAAAAUACCACAAAUAUUACGGUGAAGUCUAUUCUACGCAAUAGCCAGGAUAAUUCAAUGGAAAUAAAUCAAUCGAUUACCACAAAUCAUACUAAACAUGUGCGUUUCAAAGUCCAGUUGGAGGAACAAUUUGAAUUUAAUAAAUAUAGUGACUCGGCGGUGUCAGAAACUAGUUCCGAUGAAUCUCAAGAUACCACCAUUGAAAAACCAAUAACCAAAGCCGAUUCACCUAAGAAAGCUGAUGGUACAAACAAAAAAGAAAACACUCCAGUUAUUGAUUUGUUAACUCCCAUGGAGGAAGGAGAAGAAGGUGGUAAAAAUGGAAAGAUAACAGCUAUACCUGACAAUAUCAAACCCAGCUCCAAAUCAAAAGUGGAUAUUUUGGAGUGUAUUGUACUAAAACCAGCCGAAUCAGGGAUGGCAACUAACAAGGAAAAUAUUGCACCAAAAACAUCAAAAGAUAAAGCAGCUGAUCCAAACAAAUUGAGCAAUGAAGAAAUGUCAUCUGCAGAAAAAGAUAUGAAGCUCUUGUCUUCUCCACCCAAUACCUCGGACUCAGAUGUGAAUGAAUCCAACACAGGCAGACAAGCAUUUGCAGAUUUUGAAUAUUUUAUGAAUAUUUUCAACGAAUACAAACCAGAAAGUUCAAAGAAAGUCAUAGCCAAGAAUCAAUCUAAAAGUAAACAAAAAGCAGAAUCGUUUGAACAAAACUCCAAUGAAACACAAAAUGAAAUUGAGGCGCAGGAUUUUGAUAUUGUUGGUUUCGGGGAUGAUACUUUUUUGAUGGAUUCCAACAAUGAUUUGAUUGAUGAUGGUAUUGGAAAUGUUAUGGAUUUUCUGUAAUAUAAAUAUUUUUUAGUAUUUUAAUGAAAAACUGAGUUCUAAUAGUUAAUUUUAAGAACACAUGAAUUUAUGAUAAAUAAAAAGU